AUGCAGAAAGCGCCCACCGGGGGCCGCGCUCCCAUCCCGGCACCGCUGAGGCCGCGGCUGCCUAGCGCGCUUCGGCGCGUCCCUGAGAACCCAUCUGCUCCAUCCAGCCCUUGCUUGAAGGCAUCUCCCUCCCUCUCCGCCCCGAUCGGCUCCUUCCUCCCCCCCUUUGAUCACCCGCCCACACUUGCACCCUCCGUCCCACCAUUGCUGAGGCGGAACGCAGACGCACCGGCGCUGCGCCGAAGAGACGCCCCCUGCUUCAGAGCGGUGCAUAGGGUGCACAAAGAUAUCUCGACGCCCGCGGGCUGGAUCGGUCUCCGAAACAUCUGCGCGCCACACAUGCGUGCAGACGUCCAGCGGAACGAACAGCAUCAUCCGCAUUCCCAGACGGUUCGAAAAUAUCCCAGAAACCACGCCGCCUGCGUCCUGGAAUAUGCGCCAGGAUAG